UUCUUUAGUCUCAAAGCUGUGUCUCAAAGUCAUUGGAUUGGAGUGAAUUAUUGUUCUUCAUGAAAAUCUCAACGAUUUCAACGCGACGAACGUAUUUAUUGCAGAAUACUUUCGUAUUCCAUGAGAAAAGUUAUUUUUCGAAUAAUAUUUUAUUAUGGUGGUCUCGUCUUAAAGUUAAUCAAAACUGAGUAAUAACAGAUUGUGUAAGGUUAGGAAAAGAGUAAAAACAAGAAAACGAUUCUCAUAGAUAAACGUCAUCGCAAUAGAGACAGGGGGCUCGUCGCAUAUAUAGUAAUAACACUGAAGAAAUCAUAAAUUUCAUUAAAAAAGGCAAGAUUCAUGAAUGUCUGAAUCUAAUUACGAUUCGGCGGACGAAUAUACCGGUCUUAUGGACGGUCAUGUCGCGGAAACGAGGGCCGACAAUGUUGGUGUUGUCGGUGCACGGUUCAAACGUCGAUCGAGGGUAACCAACGAAGAGACCGAUGGUUUACCCGAAGUCAGAAUUGAGGCCCCUAAUUCAGGGGAGCGGCUUGGGGUAGCACGAAGAACUGGUGCUGGCCCAGGAGGGAACGGAGAUCAUAGUGAUUCCUGUCAACAGGAAGAAGAUGAGGAAGAACUGAAAUAUGGAGCUGCACAUGUCAUAAAAUUAUUUGUGCCUGUGUCCCUUUGUAUGCUCGUAGUUGUAGCUACGAUCAGCUCUAUUAAUUUCUAUACUACAACAGGAAUUUACCUAGUCUACACUCCUUUCCACGAAGAGAGUUCAGAUGCUGGUACCAAAGUUUGGCAGGCUUUUGCCAAUGCACUCAUACUAUUGGGAGUCAUUGUGUGUAUGACAGUCGUUCUAAUUGUCCUGUAUAAAUACGAAUUUUACAAAGUCAUACAUGCUUGGCUCAUAGUAAGCUCUCUCAUGUUACUCUUUCUCUUUUCGAUACUGUAUUGCGAAGAAGUAUUGAAAGCUUACAACAUUCCCAUGGACUUGAUAACGUUAGCUUUAGUACUGUGGAAUUUUGGUGUGGUCGGUAUGAUUUGUAUACACUGGCAAGGACCUUUGCCGCUGCAACAAGCUUACCUCAUAUUCAUCGCUGCUCUAAUGGCUCUGGUUUUCAUUAAAUAUCUGCCAGAGUAUACAGCAUGGGUUGUUUUAGCAGUCAUCAGUAUUUGGGAUUUGAUAGCUGUCUUGACGCCAAAGGGGCCAUUGAGGAUUCUUGUCGAAACUGCACAAGAGAGGAACGAACCAAUUUUUCCAGCUUUGAUAUAUUCAUCUACGAUAUUGUACAGUUUCACAAUAACUUACGCGGGAUACAUUGGCGCUGCUACGAUGGCAAGCGGUGAUACUGUAGGAGGUGAAGAUGUCGCAUCGCCUGCACGGGAUCCUAUGCAAAAUCCUAAUAACCCUGUCCCAGCAGACGGCGAAGAAAGCGGCUUUACAAAUGAGUGGGUCGAGACUCAUGCUGAUCGUAUCGUCAGAAGGGCUCAACAAGUUCGCGAAAAUUCGUCAGCUCCAACGGAAACGCGUUCACUACACACAAGAUCUCACCAGAGUCAGACUCAGGCUGUCGUAACCGAAGAAGAACGCGGUGUCAAAUUGGGACUCGGAGAUUUCGUUUUCUACAGCGUUCUUGUUGGAAAAGCUUCGAGCUUCGGCGACUGGAACACCACAUUAGCGUGUUUCGUGGCCAUUCUCAUAGGCUUAUGUUUGACACUUUUGUUACUGGCGAUAUUCAAGAAAGCACUUCCCGCUCUACCGAUCUCAAUAACGUUCGGCCUUAUAUUCUACUUCUCAACGCGCGUAAUCGUUGCCCCGUUCGCCGACAGUUUGGCCAGCGAGCAAGUAUUCAUUUAGCUUUAAAUAAGUCACCUUGUUUACAUUUUUGACCAAUAUAUUUCUAUAAUUUAUUCGCGUGACACUUAUGUAUUCUGUCUAAUUUUCUUUGAAUCAUCUCUGAACUUCGAAAACGUAAAAUAGUUCGACGGAGACAAAGCAAUCAAUAUCAUGACAUUAAUAAAAUAUAUAAACAAAUUAUUAA